AUGCAGGCCCCUAACAAGUCAACAAGGUUGGAGACGAUGGAUAUGGAGGUCCAUCCACUCGAUCAAGAUGUACCGCCUACGCAGAAAGGAACCGUCUUGGACGACCAUGACAUGCAGCGCAUGGGAAAGAUCCAGGAGCUCAAGCGAAAUAUGCGACCGGUGGCUGCCUUGAGUUUUGCUUCGAUUUUGCAAGCAACGUGGGAGUUCAUUUUGAUUUCGAAUGAUCAAGGGUUAGAAAAUGGCGGACUACCGGGCAUGUUCUGGUCCUAUAUCUGGACAUUUAUCGGGUUCGGGUUUAUUAUCGCAUCGCUCUCGGAAAUGGCAUCGAUGGCACCAACAUCGGGCGGACAAUAUCACUGGGUAUCCGAGUUUUCGUCACCACGACACCAAAAAUUCCUCAGUUAUAUCACGGGCUGGAUGUCGGUGUUGGCAUGGCAAGCUGGAGCGGCAUCGGGAUCUUUCCUGACUGGAACCAUCAUUCAGGGCUUGAUUAGUGUCCGGAAUCCGGAGUACGAACCGAAGAAUUGGCAGGGAACGUUGUUUGUGUUUGCGAUGGUGUUGGUGAUUUACAUUGCCAAUGUUUAUGCCUCGGAUUUGAUGCCAAUCCUGAGCAAUCUACUCAUGAUUCUUCAUGUGUUGUCCUGGGCAGUGGUUUUGAUCGUGCUGUGGGCGAUGGCUCCUCAUCAAUCUGCCAAGGCUGUGUUUGUCACUGGAUGGCAGAAUGGAGGAGGUUGGUCUACGAUGGGAUUGAGCGUGAUGAUUGGACAGAUUUCUGCCAUCUAUGGUUCCCUGAGCUCCGAUGCAUGCGCUCACAUGUCCGAAGAAGUCAAAGACGCUGGUCGUUAUGUCCCCGUUGCCAUCGCCUGGGGAUACUUUAGCAACGGCAUCAUGGCUGCAAUCCUGCUAGUCACCUUCCUCUUCUCGCUUCCGUCAGUGGAAGAUGCUUUGAAUGACAACACUGGGUUCCCAUUUAUCUACGCCUUCAAGAAUGCAACCUCGAUGGCAGGUGUAAACGGCCUCACCUCGAUCAUCCUUCUGCCUGUCAUUUUCAGCAACAUUCUUUUCAACGCAUCAACCUCCCGCCAAACAUUCGCCUUUGCUCGUGACAAGGGCCUACCUUUUUCUCGCUUCAUCAGCAAAGUCGAUCCGAAACGACAUAUCCCCGUGAAUGCCAUCGCUCUAUCUUGUAUCUUCAGCUGUGCGCUCUCGCUCAUUAAUAUCGGAUCCGAGACUGCAUUCAACGCUAUCAUCUCGCUGAAUGUGGCUGCAUUGAUGUACACUUAUAUCAUUUCGAUCAGCUGCGUCAUCUACAAGAAGAUCUGGAAUCCCGAGAGUCUUCCAGCGAGGCAGUGGGAUAUGGGACGAUGGGGACUGCCCGUUAACAUCAUUGCGCUCAUCUACUCCUGCUUCGCUCUUUUCUGGUCCCUCUGGCCAAGCGAGAGCAGCGUUACCGUGGACAACUUCAACUGGAGUGUGGUCAUCUUCGGAGGGGUGUUCUUGCUCAGCCUCUUUAUGUAUGUAGUGAAGGGGCGAAAGGAGUACGAUGGGCCCGCAGUGAUUGUGCAGCGAGGGUAA